CUCCUCCGGUUUUCAACGUCUCCGACCAGCAGCACUUUGACUAUUACCUGUAUCAUUUUCUUUUUUUCUUUUUUUUUUGUAAUCAAAUGGGGGGAGCGGACUGCGCCAGUGGGACAUCGACGCCUUGAGGAGCCGUCAUGUGCUCCCAGUGACAGCGGCCGUGCACAGCGAGAAGGAAACAACACACGCUGACAAACAUGAGCGGCGGUGAAAUCAUCUUCCAGGGCUGGCUGAGGAAGUCCCCACCGGAGAAAAAGCUCAGAAGAUAUGCUUGGAAGAAACGCUGGUUCAUACUCCGCAGCGGCCGCAUGAGCGGUGACCCCGAUGUCCUCGAGUACUACAAGAACGACCACUCCAAGAAGCCCAUCCGGGUCAUCGACCUGCACUGCUGCGAGCAGGUGGAUGCCGGCCUGACCUUCAAAAGGAAGGAGUUCCAGGACAGCUUUGUGUUUGACAUCAAGACCUCGGACCGCACUUUUUAUCUCGUAGCCGAGACCGAAGAGGAGAUGAACAAGUGGGUCCGCGCCAUCUGCCAGCUGUGUGGGUUCAACCAGUCGGACGACAACCACGAUGGCAGGUUACACCAUAUGCCCCGUUCUGUCGGAGCAGAUGUCACCGGCUCAAUGGCUCCGCUGACCGGAGAACGCAAGUCCUCGGCCCCCAUCCACUCCAGCCAGCCUGUCCUCUUCACCUUUGAUGUGCCUGUCCGCCACACACACCACAGCUCGCUGCCCAACAGUGCACCCCAGGACUACCUCCUCCUCCACCAGUGCAUGAGCAGGAAGACGGAGAGUGCACGGAGUGCCAGUUUCUCCCAGGCCACGCGAAGAAAUCUGUUCGCGGGGAGCGACUCCGCGGUGCAGAAACUCUCCCACGGCUUUUCCCACUGUCUCAACGGCAUGGGUGCCCAGUUGCACGGCUUCUACAGCCUGCCCAAACCAGGAAAACACCAGUUACCGGGGCUCGACGAUUCCCCGCCGGAGGCCUGCUACAUGCUCCCGCGCGGUUACAGCUCCGAGGCGUCGGCACACGGCGCUCUAGGCGACCCGGAUGUGGAGAACGAGGAGGUCUACACGUUCAACACGCCCUGCAACGCCCUCGCCACCGCGCACAGCAACGAGCGAGCGACUGACAAUUACGACCUUCCCACGCCGCCUGGCUCCUUCUACCAGAUCCCCCGGACGUUCGACAAGAACCACAAUGCCGUGACGUCCUCCAACUCGGAGUCUUCCAGUGGUCCUCCUCCCAGGCCCCCUAAACCCAGCCAGGGUUCAGAGGGGCAGUGGGGGAGUCCCCAGUCGUUAGGGAGCCAGAACGGAGAUGUGGAGCCUGCCGUGUCGGUUAUCCCACGCAGGAAUACUCUCCCCGCUGUGGAGAACAUCCGCCUGCACAGAGGCUCCUCCUUUGAAACCAACAGCCAUCACCGUCCCAUCCAUUUCAACAACUCGGGCCAGUCUGUGGAGUCUGUCAAUGAUGGGUUCAGCUCCUACCUGAGAACUAAAGCGCCGCUGACUCGCUCAGACAGCGGCAACUCGGAUGACAACUAUGUGCCCAUGAAUCCUGGCUCCUCGCCACUCAGCGCUGCCCAGGCUGACAGCCCUAAAAAUAUCUACAUCCCGAUGAGCCCCGGGCCACAUCACUUUGAUUUCCCAGGAUUCUCUGCAACAUUACCUGCCCGUAAGGGGAGCAGCGCCUCCCUGUGUCACCGGCCCAGCCGCCUCAGUGAUGUCACGCCACCACCCAUCAACCGCAACCUCAAACCAAACAGAAAAUCAAAGCCAACACCUCUGGAUCUGAAGCACAAUGGGAUCAUUGAUGAGCUGCCAUUUAAGAGCCCAGUCACAAUGUCCUGGACACGGCCCAUGCCUGCUAUGAACUCCAUGUCUUCCCAGCAUUGUCGACCCAUCUCCACACAAAGCAUCACCAGCACAGACUCUGCAGACAGCGAGGAGAAUUACGUGGCAAUGCAGAACCCAGCGUCUACCUCCCCGGCCGUGAGCGGCACCAGCAGCCCGGCCCCUAGGAAGUGUGGCAACGUGGACUACCUAGCGCUGGACUUCCAGCCUGGGUCACCCAGUCCACACAGAAAACCGUCUACAUCCUCUGUGACCUCUGACGAGAAGGUGGACUAUGUGCAAGUUGACAAGGAGAAGACCCAGGCACUGCAAAGCACCAUGCAAGAGUGGACCGAUGUACGGCAGUCUACUGAACCUGCCAAGGGGGUCAAGUCCUGACACCAACCUGUGCAAAACAAUGACCUCAAGUCCAACCAAGCUGAACUCGAGCAUCUCUAGUGUCUAUCAUCGCUAUGAAUACUGGUUGGCCUUGAUUGAGAUUGAGUGAUUUGGACCAAAAAAAAGCCAUAACCUAUCCCACGCCUGUUCUCUGUGAUGAUUUUUACUGCAAUGCACUGCUAACACGCAGAAUAUCAGGCCAUAUACAGGUGAAGCGUCCUGCCAAAGCCCCUCAUGCAGACUGUUAUAGCAGUCCGUGGACAAUUGAUAAUGUGUACGGAAAAUAUCAUCCUCAGCUGCCCCCCCCCCCCCCCCCUGCCCCCUCUGCAGCAGUCAAACAUUUACCCAUCGGCUGCCAUUUAAAGGGGCAGCGGAGGCUAACUGGUCGAUAACCAUAUUAAUAUAAUGUAAGAGUACGCUCACUGGUCUCAGGAUUGACAAGAUGCACUCCAAUUUUGGCAUGCAGGCAGACUCUUUUUUUUUUUUUUCUCACUUCAAUCUAUCAUUUGUGCUGAGCCUUGCAGAAGAAGUGAGGAGAUUAUUUUCACUGCCGGCAAUCAUUUCAGCUUAGCAGCGCAUGUCUGUUAAGAGGAGGGGGGGAAAUACAGCCUUACAACUACGGAAAGGCUUGUGUCAGAAGCCCUAACGAUGACUGCAGAUGGCUGAUGCCUCGGUUUUAAUUAAGUAUGAGUGCAAACCAUAUUUAAAAGCUGUCGGGCUGGAUGGCAGGCCAAUUAUUUCAGUGCCGGUACAAAGUCAGGAGCGUCUAAAUGUUCAGAAAGAAGAGCGCAAGACCGACAAAAAGGAGAUGAUGAAGAAGAAGAAGAAGAAGAAAGAGCAUCUUGUAUCUGUGUUGGUUUAACUUUUGUGGGCCAUUUACUUCAGCCAGUCUUCUAAUACAUUUCAUUAAAAAUUAUUGAGUUGGAGGACGUAAAAAACAGAACAGGAGGUGUCCUUUCCAAGGAGUUCAGAUAACCCCUCCCUCAUCUUUCUCUCCCUACAGAUAAAUAAAGGAAAACCAUGAAUACAAGCUAAGGAGAAAACCAUAAUUACGUUUUCCUGAUGUACGCCUUUGGUCUUUGAUACACUACAGCUAUCUGUCACCGGAGAGUCAUGUGUUUUCUGUGCAUAAAUUAUUAAUAGAAUGACAUAUUUGCAGCACAACUGUUUGUUGCACUUGUCUGAGACAAAAUGUGCACUACAGUAAUGUGUCAAUGUGCUUUUCUUGCAAAGGCAUCAUGCCACAAUGAAGAUUUGCCAGUGAUCCUAGUCACUUAACAAUAGUUUAGGAAAGAAUGUUUUUCUUAAUUUCCUAAACUCUUUUAUUUGUUUCAUUUGCCUUACGUUGUUAUUUAAAUUUUGCCUUGAUAAAUUCAAUUAAUUCACAAUAUUGUUCAAGUGAGAGCCAUAUUGUAUUUCGGACAGCUGAAUGAACAGUUUCUAGUCAAAGUCCAGUAUUCCAUUGUGGGCUGGAACCACUAAAGGGUGAAUAACUAUUUGACCUUUCUAUGAAUUGUGUGGCCAUGCAGUGAAAUGGUAUUAUAGAUUAUUUCAUUAAGAUUUACUUCUUAAUGUUUUUCUACCAUUUUUACUGCUUUUUGUAUUCUUUUUAUCAUUAUUUUUUACUGAAAUGUGUAGGCAGGUGAUAUUCAUGAGGAUGGGGUGAGGCUAAAUUAAGCUAAGUUUGUUACAGCCUGUAUUCUAUUCUUUUUAUAUAUAUUUUUUUUUAUUCCCAAAAUUGAAUUUUUAUGAUCUAUACAUGAAAUGAGGAGGCUGGCAGCUGGAGUUGCGCUGGCAAAGCCCUUUUUUGGGGCGAACUGUGAUUCACAAAGAGUGAGAGGCGAAAGAGAAUAGUGAAGAAAAACCUGUCCGCCUCUGAAGUGAAAUGGAUGUGUAAUUUAUUAUCUAGAUACCCGUUGUAAGCAGGAGAGCUGUGUACGUGUCGUGGUAGAUUGUAAGUGGUAGUUUGUUAAAUGACAGCCUGACUUGGGUGGGAUUGAAGAGACUGCUCUGAUCUCCUGUCAGACUGUCACUGGGUUGACGUACUGUACUACUAGUGAUCAUUUCGUAACCACUGUUAUUGCUACUACUGUAAACCAUUUGCUGAUUGCUUGUGUGUUAAUUUAUUAAUUUAUUGUGCAUUUUGCAGUUGGUAAUUGUAAAAAGGAACGAAAACAACAACUAUCAGACAAGGAAAACCUUCUCUUUACUAACAUCGAUGUAUGCAAACUGUUGAUUUUGUGAAGCAAUAUGACAGACGAUGCCAGUGCGAUGGCAAUGUGGUACAGUUCAUUGUUAAGGUUCCUCUUUAAAUAAAACACAAAAAACUAUUUGUUAGAGCAACGAUGCCAUUAUUCAUCCCUUUUCUGCACAUUCUAAAUUGGUGCUGUAAUGCGCACAAGUUGAAGUCUGCUGCCCCCUGUUGUGCCGUACAGCAGCUGCACCCAUUGACAUUGCUAAAGAUACAUAAGAUGAGUAAUGUGAUACAUGCACAAGAGGUUUCAGUCAGGAUUUAUGCCUGUACAUAGAGGUGUUUUCUUACCAGACAUUUUCAAAUAUGCAAAGCCCCCCCCCCACACACACACACACAUCAUUUCUCCAAGACAUGUGACCAAGUUAAAAAAAUAUGCAUUUAAUGUAUUAUUUCUUGUUUAUAGUAAAACAGUAGAAUGGGUUUCUCCUGGAUCUGUUAAACUGGUGUGCUUGUUGAGUGGAUGUUAUUGUACUUCAUGAUGUGACAUAUUUUCCUGUAAUGGCUGAUGACUAAAAUGUUGUUGACCCAUUAAUACAAUAAAAUUGACUAAUCGGCUAAAAAUGUCCAUGUCAAGUCCCCAAUGACAGAUUGACCAAGUGACUAAGAGAGGGAAAAGCUGAAAAAUAAAUUGUGUAAUGACAUUUUUUUUCUUUCCCAUGAAUAUCUUAUUCUCACCAGUGUGUCUACCUGAUAAAUAAAAUACCCUGCUACAACGA